AUGAAGCGCAUCUUCAAGAAGGCCCCCCUCGUGGACCCUCUCCCUCCGCCGUCCUCACAGCCCCCGUCAAACCCUCCCUCGGGCAGGUCGACGCCGGGCCACCAGGGAGGGAGGAGCAUUGCUGCCUUCUUCGGUGGCGGGGCCGCAAGAGAGUCUUCUGAUUACGACAGUGCUCAACAGCACCCCUCUCCCCAGCAACAACUGCAGCAUACACCACAUCACGACCACAACAAAUGGGGCUUUGGUAUGCACCAUCAGACGGAGGUGACGCCCUUUCCGAGCGAUGCUAGGGCUGAGCAGACGCCGCCACCGAUAGGACAGAAGGGCAAGGAGGGCUCUUCUGGUGCUCCAAGCAUGCUGGAGAUCAAGCAGAUGCAAGAGCGCCGGGAUCAAGAGCGUUCUCAGACUGAGGACCCGGCGUCAAGAGAUUCGCGACGGCGAGGGCAGCCUCAGCAACCCCCGCCCAUACAUCCUGGGCAACGAACGUCGCGGGGGUACCAGUCCUCUCCAUCACCAGAUGGGUGGACUAAUGUCCCUACCGCAAGCGGUGCUGCUGGAGGGGCUCCUGGCGCUGCCUACGAAGGCACUUACCCCCAGCACGCUCUACCUAUUCCCAAUGCCUCCUUCUCCCACCAAAGCCAAGCUCAAAGCUAUGCGCAUUCACACUCAUCAGUCAACUCUUCUCCAUCGAGCCAAUCGACUCACACCCCCAUGUUCCUUCCGCCGGGUGCUCGGCCCCCAACGCCCCCAACAUCACGACCGCCGUACCCCAUCCAUAUGCGCUAUUCACAGAGUAGUUUGAAGCAGUCUACUACGCCCAAUGCCAUGUGCGGGGAAUGCAACGAAGGAAAGUCUGGCAGAGAGAGGGGUUACUCGUCGCCUGUGAUGACCACACGGGUUGACGGUCACCAGAACGAGAGUGUAGCCACCCAGCAUGCCAUGCCAAGAGACGGAUCGGCGGCGAAACUACAGAAACAGCAACCAGCAAACUCGAGAUCCCCACUGGCGCACACUUAUUCGACGCUAUCGUCCACGGACAAUCCCCCGACUUUCCCCUCACCCAGGCCCUACACACCCGCCAGUGGUGCCGCUACGCCAACUCCCCAGACUCAGCCCAACCACAUUUCGAGGGAACAACCGCAACGGGCUACCCCCAUUGAUCUCCCCAAUCCUCAUAUCCCAGUCGACGACCAGAUGCACGGUGACAAAGACCUGCCACUGCCUCCUAGAGAAGAGCAGCAGCCGCCCGAUCAUGAAAAAGCGAAAGAGGGGAAGAAGAAGUUUUGGGGGAUUACGGUCAAAUCGUCAGACAAGAAGAAUAAAAAGGCGCAAGCAGAGAGCCAUGCUUCAGGCCAUGGCUUGAUGCAGUCCGUCUCUCUGCAGCCUAACGCUGUUGGUGACUGGCGGCAAUCGGUGGACGAGGCGAGACGCAGCAGCGACGGAAGAGGUCUGGACAUGAUAGAUUCGCUGUCCACAUCGACGCACGGUCAAAAUGUCAGCCAGAAUGAAGAAGAACCAAAAGGGAGAUUACUAGGGCUGGAUUUCAGCAGGAGGGAUAAUGCGGCGGCGGCCCAAGUGAAUGAUGUGGCUUCAGCCAUCCAAAUACUGUGUACCUCUCCGGACCCUUCGCCACCCGCUAUAUAUGAAGUUUGUGAUCGUAUAAAUCACUCUGGGCAAGGAGAGUCGAUAGCCAAAGAAGCGGCGAGGGCGCUGAGAAAAGAGCUCAAAUAUGGUGAUGAGAUGCAGCGGAGGAGCGCGGGAAAGGUGUGGUUUGUGUUGAUGAGGAACAUCACGGUCAAGGGGUUCAAGAGUGAUCCAGCCCAUGCUACGAACAAAAAGUUCGUCCAAGCUCUCGAACCCAUCCUUACGACGCCCGUUGCCAAAGCUACAGUGUCGCUUUCGACCAAGAAGCUUCUCACCGAUAUAUUGGCGGACCUGACCUAUGCUUAUGGGAUGGAUAAGGAGUGCGGGGGCUUGAUAGAUUUGUGGAAAAAGGUCAAGCUGCCUCAAGAGCCAGAUUUUGGCCGGCCGAUGCCGCAAGAUCAUCCCAUCUAUUCUCACAAUCCGGAUCAGCCACCCACUUCACAAAUGGCCAAUCUUCAGGUCCACCCUGCCCCUGCAUCCCACUCUUCACACAACUCGCACAUCUCUCAGUCAACCUCCUUACCGCCUCCCCCUCGCCCUCCUCGGAAUUAUGCUGGUCCUGGGUUUGCAGCUGGGCCUGGCUAUAAAGACUUGCCGUCCCAUUCCGAAGAUAUCCGCAGGCUGGAAGAAGAGUGCACGGCAGCGCAGGAAAGUGCCAAAUUGCUUGGGGAAGCACUUCUCUACACCAGGCCGGAGGAGCUGGAGUACAAGCCUGUCAUCAGAGAAUUCUAUCCAAAGGUGUUUCAUGCUCAUACGAGCCUGACCAACCAAAUGGACUGGGCACAGGCGGAGGCUUCGCAAUCUCGCGAGAGGCUCAGUAAGUCUGGGGCUUUGGUGAUUCACGACGGCCCCCCUGCCGACACUCAAGGCCCAGAGUCCACACUGGAAGAGCGCGCGCUUGCGACGUUAUUUGAGACACAUGCGAUGCUGGCAGAGGUUAUCAAGCAGCAUGAUGACUUGGAAAGGAUGGCGGUGGACGAGAAGGAACUUCGGGAGGUCAGAGAAAGGAGUAAGAAGGAGACGAGGAUGGAUCGUGGUCAGCAGAUGCAAAUGCUCUCAGUCGGGCCGACCUCUGGCGCGGCAUCAUCCUCUCGCUCUCCAUCUCCUACGCCUGCGCCCCUUCUACCUUCUGUCCAGCCGGCGCCCCAAGGAGGAAAUCUCAAGUCCAACAAUCCCUUCCGCAGCGCUGCCCCGGCUGGCUCCAGAAGCCCCUCACCCGAUAGACAUCAUCUACCUUAUGCGCCCCGAGACACCAACUCGCCGAGCACCGGACGAACGGUCAGCCCUCUCGGGGGUGCCAAACUGCGUAUGGGUCCUAGGCCUUUGCCCAACCCGUCCAAACCUUCUUCAGCUGUCCCCACGCCUAGCCAGACACCUGCCCCGGGGGCUACGGCCAGUUCCUAUGGAGGAUCACAAAGUGCGCCGUCAAGGAGUGGAACGGGUGACUCGAAUGGUAAAUCGAGUGUCGGCAAGGAUGGUGAAGAGAUUGACGGCGAUGAUCUUCCCAAAAUACCCCUCAAGCCCAGUAGAAAGGCUUUGGGGAAGAGGCGCGCUGUUGUCGAUGAGGAUAACAAUUUCGAUCCCAACGACAUGUUCAAUCCUACAUCGACUGAUCCUCGGUCUACUGUCCCAUCCUCCAAUAAUGGCCUGCCUGACGGAGAGGGCUCGGACGAAUCUCUCCUGCUCGGAGACGACUUCACCAAAGUGAAGCCGAUCGUAUAUGCCUACGAUGCCUAUGAGGAGAGACAGAAGGAACUCAAGCGGUUGAAGGAGUUGGAAGAGAGGGCCCGAGCAUCGAGCGGCUUUAGUGGUGGCAGCGGUGGAAGCAGAGUGUUUGCCUGA